GGACCAUCCCUGCCGAGCUCGUGGACAUCUGCCUGCUGGCCGCCGAGUACUUCUCCGACGUUGCGGGGGGGGUGCUACGCGAGCCCAGCAAGGCCAUGGACGAGGAGCUGAAGGGCCAGAAUGUCUACCGAGAUCCGUCUCUCCGAUCGAGGGCGUCGCGUCUCCGCCUAGCCGGGAGGCUUUGGGAUGCGGGGAUGCUCGGGACCACCGACGAGCUGGUCGAGGGGGUCUCGCUUUUCGGAGUCAUCAAGAAGUACCUGCAGGAGGAGGGGGACCCCCUCGGCCCCGCCAGGCGCCAGGCGCGCGCCAUCUGGGACCAGAGGCGGGCCAACCUCCGCUGGCAGAGGCCCCCCUACGUGCCCCUCGGCAGCCCCGCGACCUUUGCUCACGUGGACCUUUCCAACCUGGGCGAGAGGGGCGUGGUCUACACUGGCGUGGGCGACAUCCCGGACAUGUUCUAUCGUUGGGAGACGCCGCCCGAUGUCUGGCCCUACUUUGUCUUGGAGGAGGUGCCAGUCCACGAGUUCGUCGACUACAUGAGGACCAAGGGGCGGGACUGCGUCAUCCCCGAUGGCGGGCCCUUCCUGGCGCUGAAGGUCCUAGUCAUGGGCUGGUCGUGGGCCCCGUUCUUGGCCCACUCCACGCAGCAGGCCUGCGUGGCGCGCGGGCUCGGGGAGGACUCCGUCGGCGCGCGUCUGGUCUAUGGGGCUCCGACGCCUCAACUGACCGGGCCCGAGGGGUUCGAGUCGGUGAACUGGGCGUACAUGGGCGACUACGGGGUCAUGGCCACGUCCGCCAGCGCGCAGCAGCCGGUGAGCGAGGUCGUGAGCGGACUGACGGCCCGAGUCAAGCACUACUUGAGGCAGGUCGGGCUCCCCGUCCACAAGGAGACCGAAGGCGAGGGGCUCGAGUCGCUGGGGGCGGUCAUCCGAGGCCGACCCUACUCCGUCUCAGCAGAGACCGACCGCACCUGCGGCCUGGCUCUGGUGACGCUGCGGCUGGUAGAGCGGACGUACUGGACCGCGGAGCUCCUCGAGCGCGUCGCGGGGUUGUGGGCGUGGGCGGCCAUCUUCCAGCGCGCGGGCCUCGCCAUCUUCGACCAGGUGUACCACGAGAUGAGACGUCCCGAGACCGCCAAGACGCCGUUCCGACUGACGGACGCGGCGAGGUGGGAUCUGACUACGAUGGCAUACUGCGCACCCCUCUUACGUACAGACCUCGAAGCUCCGUGGCUCUGGCAGGUGUUCAUGACGGACUCCGGCGACACGGGCUACGGAGUGGCGGUCACCGACGCCUCGCUGGAGGAAGUCAGGAAGGACGCCCUUUACAGCGAGAUGAGGGGAUGGACGAAUGCCCCCGAGGAUAUCUACACAGCCCAGGAGGAGGACGCCUGGGCCCCCCACGCUGGGGGGUGUGCCUACGACGUCGACGAGUGUAUCGAGGCCUCGACUGCACCGCCGCCGCGGGUAAGUCGGAGGGUCUACCGGGUGCUGUACCUCUUCGCGGGCAGGCGCCGGGAGGGGGAUCUAGAGGGGGCCAUCCACUCGCGGGCGGAGCGCGACGGCUACGAGGUCGAGGUCUGGUCCAUCGACGCGGUGAUCAACCCGAAGCACGACCUCACCAACGACGAGUUCGUCAGCCUGAUCCUGAGCCUGGCGCGCGACGGGUACUUCCACGCAGUGAUCGCCUCGCCCCCAUGUUCAACUUGGAGUCGGGCUCGCUUCCUGUGGAAGGGGCCCAGGCCCUUACGGACACGCCUCGAGCCUUGGGGGCGGAGCGACAUGUCAUUCACAGCCUUCGAGCGCCUCCGCCUGGACCUAGGGUCGCGCCUUUUGCUGUCGGCCAUGCAGGCGGUCCGCGAGGUAUGUCGAGCUGGAGGCCUGGGCUUGAUGGGGCGCCCUGCGGACCCAGAGGAGGACCCAUACCCGUCAAUCUGGAACCUACCCGAGAUGGCAUGCCUCCUCGAGGAGGCGCGCGGGAGGAUCAAUCGGAUCGACCAGUGCCGCUACGGAGCCCCGUCGAUGAAGCCGACCAUGAUUGUCAUCUUCGGGUUCUACGACGACGCACUGGACCUCGCCGCGGACCGUCUCUGCUUGAGGUGCAACCACCGAGGGAGGCAUCAGACAGUACUCAUGGGACGGGCGGAGCGAGGCCGUCCCGAUUUCUGCACCGCCUCCGCCCAGGCGUGCCAGCCGCCGCUGUGCGCCGCGCUGGCGGAGGUGAUCAUCGAGGCGUUCGCCCGCAUGACGAAGGAGAUGAGUGGCCCCGAUCCGACGGGCUCGCGCGUGUCUCCAUCCACUUCGUCCUUCGGCCCGCCGAGGUCACGAUCUACGCGACCUGGGCCGCGCCUGUGCGGGAUGCGCUGGUGGGUAGCCGCCAUGGCAUUGGAGGAAGUCCACCCUGUUGGAGCGGUUCGCCCGAAGCCACCCAGGGCGGGAGACAUCCCCCUGCAGAAGCGAGGGCCACGGGCGUGGGAGAACUACGAGAAGGAGCCGCACCUGGGCAUCAGCGAGGGCGGCUUCACAAGGCUGCUUACCCACUCCGUGGCGGACGUCACCGCGGCGCAGUGGGCCCCGAAGGUUCGAGACUUUCUUAGCCACUGUGUCGACAAGGGUUGGGAGCUGCGGUCCGCGAACGCCGUGGGCCACGCCCUGGCCGACUACAUGGACAUGAAGUGCUACAAGGGCUGGCUCCGUCCUACGUGGGGGUCGAUCGUCUUGUUCGGGCUGCUGGAAGCUGUCUUCGCCAUCGCCAUCUACUUCUUCGAGGCGGGGCUCCUGGAUGAAGCCAUCUGGACCCUUGUGCAGUGCGACGUCUACGGGCGGGGGCAGGACAUGGAGAUGCUACGCGAGGCCGGCGUCAUCUGGGAUGGCCGAUGCGUGGGCCUCCUGUUUGGCAUCUCGGCCCGAGGCGAGGAGGGCAGGACGGGCAGCAACCAAGGGGUCGUCAUCCGCCGCGGCACGGUCGCGAGCCUCAUCCUGGCCCUGAAGGGCGUCAAGAAGAAUGUCACGGGGCCCAUCUUCGGCCCCAAGCAGGCAGGCUUCCGCAAAGAGUGGCGCCGCGCAUGUCGCUCGCUUGGGAUGCCCUGGGCGCCGCCUCCGCACGGGCUCCGCCACUCGGGGCCCAGCGAGGACGUGGCCCGAGGACGGGCCAGCCUAGAGCAGGUGCGGAGGCGGGGCAGGUGGAAGGCAUUGUCCAGCGUCCAACGGUACUCCAAGACGUUCGCCCUCACGCAGCUCCGUGCAAAAAUGCCGAAGAAAGUGCUGGACGUGGGCUCCCGUGCGACCUCAGACCUAGCCGCCGAGAUACUCCGUGCGAUGGAGUCCCGCGCCAACUACAGCAAGCAGCAGCAGCAGCUGGUCGACGGCAUCAGGACGAAUCUGAAGACGAAGAAGGUGAAAGAUGUCGCCGCAGAGCUCUUGAUGCUGGGACCCACCACAAAGCAGAAGCAGAAGACCACCACCAACAAGAGGUCCACCAAGGGCGACACAAGCUGCCCAGAGUCCGACGACCUCUACUCCGACGAGACGUGGGGAGUGGCGGCUUACGGGCGCGACCACCGCCCCACGGUGAGCUCGGCCGUUCGCGUGAAUUUCUUCGCUGUGGACCUCGACGUGGACCCCGGGACGGACGUGGCUGCGCUGGCGUUCGCUUCGGCCUGCAACGCGGGCGAGAUGGGCGUGUUCCGGCGGCGGGAGUUCAUCUGCGGGUGCGUCGUUCUCGAGGUCGACAGCCUGGACGACCUGAGGAGCAAGAUGCCGGUGCUCCGCGAGGAGGUGCUGUCAGGCAAGACGCUGCCAGAGGUUUACUCGUACACCUUCGGCGUGGCGCUCGAGGCGCCGCGCAAGGUGCUGCCGUUGGAGGAGGCCGCGCAGUACUGGGCCCUGCUGCUGCACCAGUGGCAGCUGCGGGAGGAGUUCUGCACGUGGGCCGCCAGCCACAUGAAGGGCAAGUCCAUCAGCCGUGACUUGUGGAUGAUGGUUCUGAAGCUUGCCACGGAAGUGCCCCCCGACCUUUCGACGUACGACGAGAGCCAGGCCUGGCACUCGGUAAUCGACGACUUCGUCGAGUACUACAAGGAAAUGAAAGGACUCACCUGAAGUUUUCGCUGCUAGGGGCCUUGCCAGUAGCUGAUUCGAGUCAGGGUCGGCGACCCCCGCUUUCCACCCACAUGUCUGAUCCUGCCCUUCUCUCGUGGGGGGUGGGGCCAGAGCAGGGGGCGAGGGUAUGGGCAGCCACAAUUGAAACCGCAGGCUGCAUGCCAGAUUCCUGAAAUCUACGGCGGGCGUCAAGAAGCCACUGCAGCCGAGCGAGAGCCCGUGCGGGCUUGGCCCCGGCGCCUGGAACCGCAGGCCAGGGGCCACUCGGCAUGACCCAGGUGGUGGUCUCGCAGAGGGCCGGAUCUCCUCGCCCACGGGAGGGGCGGAGCGGGCGCCUCCCCGGGGGCAGGGGUCGUCCGUCCUGCACGGAGCUGUGGCGGCUCCGUGGGUCGCUUCCGUGCCGGCGCCGUCUUGCGGCAGAGGCGGAUCGACGACGAGAAGAGCGAUCGUUUUUUAAUGUAUACAGUCGGGGCCUUGAAAAAGGACCCCUUUUGGAUGGGGGUCGUCCUGCACGGAGCUGUGGCGACUCCGUGGGUCGCUGCCGUGCCGGCGCCGCCUUGCGGCAGGGGCGGAGCGAAGACAAAGAGGAGUGUUCUCGUUUUUUCAAUGUGUCGACGCCCCGACUGUAUUGUUCUGCCGAUCGGCGCG